CGUAGCUGCAGGCUGGGAUCCAGGCAGGUCCUGGUGGGCAGAAGGGUGCGUCUGGGUCUGUCCUUGGCACCUCGCCAGGCCUGAGUCAUGCUGCUUGCUCCCUUCCUCCUUCCCAGCUCUUCUCACCUCCGCACUGCAGCUGGAGAAAGCCAGCACUGGUGCCGCCCUGCUGCCGGCCUCUGCUUGUGGCCCUGGGCAGGUCAUGAGUAGAGGGCCAGGGGCUGUCUGUCCUGCCCCCUGGCUCCUGGGGCCUCCUUCCCCCUCCACAGAGGCCUGGUUAAUUAUAACUCUGACCUAAGUGCCCUGUGACGCCACACCCAAGCUAGUCCUGCUCAGGAGACCCAGCAACCAGGUCCAUGUUUCAGCCAUGCUCUCUGCAGAGGUGCCCCUGUCCCACUUGGGCCCCUCAGUGCUGCUUCUGCUACAACUGCUGCUGCCCCCCACUUCGGCCUUUUUUCCUAACAUCUGGAGCCUCCUGGCUGCCCCUGGCUCCAUCACCCACCAGGACCUGACUGAGGAGGCUGCACUCAAUGUCACCCUGCAGCUCUUCCUGGAGCAGCCGCCACCCAACCAGCCCCCACUUCGUCUAGAGGACUACUUGGGCCGAACCCUUCUUGCUGACGACCUCUUUGCCGCUUACUUUGGACCUGGGUUUCCUUCCCGGCGGUUCCGAGCAGCCUUAGGCGAGGUGUCCCGUGCCAAUGCAGCCCAGGACUUCCUGCCAACUUCCAGGAAUGACCCUGACCUGCACUUUGAUGCUGAGCAUCUGAGUCAGGGACGCACCCACUUGAUGGGGGCUUUGCAGGAGACAUUGGUGGCAGCCAGAGCCCUUGACCACACACUGGCCCGCCAACGCCUUGGGGCUGCGCUUCAUGCCUUGCAGGAUUUCUACAGUCACAGCAACUGGGUAGAACUGGGGGAGCAGCAGCCACACCCUCACCUCCUCUGGCCACGGCAAGAGCUCUGGAGCCUGGCACAAGUGGGCAAUCCUACCUGUGCUGAUUGUGAGGAACUGAGCUGCCCCGGGAAUUUGCUGGGCUUCACACUCCUCACCUCUGGCUACUUUGGAACUCAUCCCCCGAAACCUCCAGGAAAAUGUAGCCAUGGAGGCCAUUUUGACCAGAGCAGCUCCCAGCCACCCCGGGGUGGCAUCAACAAGGAUAGCACGUCCCCAGGAUUCUCCCCCCACCACAUGCUGCAUCUCCAGGCUGCAAAACUGGCCCUUCUAGCCUCCAUCCAGGCCUUUAGCCUCCUGAGAAGCCGCCUGGGAGACAGCUGUUUCUCCAGGCUGCUGGACAUCACCCCAGCCUCUAGCCUGAGCUUUGUCCUGGAUACCACUGGCAGCAUGGGUGAGGAGAUCAAUGCUGCCAAAAUCCAAACUCGCCACAUCAUGGAGCAGCGGCAGGGCAGUCCCAUGGAGCCUGUCCACUACAUUCUGGUGCCUUUCCAUGACCCAGGGUUUGGCCCUGUCUUUACAACCAGUGAUCCUCACAGCUUCUGGCAGCGACUAAAUGAGAUCCACGCCUUGGGGGGUGGAGAUGAGCCUGAGAUGUGCCUAUCUGCCCUGGAGCUAGCCCUGCUGCACACACCUCCACUUUCAGACAUCUUUGUCUUCACUGAUGCCUCCCCCAAGGAUGCCUUUCUCACCAACCGGGUGGAAUCCCUGAGUCAGGAGCGUCGGUGCAGGGUGACAUUCCUGGUGACUGAAGACCCAUCAAGGGUUCAGGGUCGAGCUCGGCGUGAGGUCCUAUCCCCUGUGCGUUUUGAGCCAUAUGAAGCAGUGGCCCUGGCCUCAGGAGGAGAGGUGAUCUUCACCAAAGACCAGCACAUUCGGGACGUGGCAGCCAUUGUUGGGGAGAGCAUGGCUGCUCUGGUGACUCUUCCUCUGGAACCGCCUGUCAUAGUGCCUGGCAAGCCACUUGUGUUCAUUGUUGAUGGGCUGCUCCAGAAGGUCACAGUCCGGAUGCAUGGGGAGAUCAGCAGCUUCUGGAUCAAGAACCCUGCUGGAAUAUUCCAGAGCCAGGAAGAAGGUAUGGGUCCUUUGGGUCAUACUCACCGCUUUGGGCAGUUCUGGAUGGUGACCAUGACUGACCCCCCACAGGCAGGGACUUGGGAGAUCCAGGUCACAGCUGAGGGCACCCCCCGGGUAAGAGUGCAAGCCCAGACCUCCCUGGACUUCCUCUUUCACUUUGGUAUUCCCAUGGAGGAUGGACCCCACCCUGGCCUUUACCCUCUGACUCAGCCCGUUGCAGGUCUCCAGACCCAGCUGCUGGUAGAAGUGACAGGGCUGGGUUCGAGAGGCAACCCUGGGGAUUCUCCCCCACAUUUCUCUCAUGUCAUCCUCAGAAGGGUUCCAGAGGGCACCAAGCUGGGUCAGGUGCCCUUGGAGCCCUUGGGACCCCCAGAGCGAGGUCUCCUCACAGCUUCACUGCCACCUACAUUGCUGACCACCCCCGGACCCUUCUCCCUGGAGCUGAUUGGCCAGGAUGGAGGUGGGCAGGGCCUGCACCGGAUUGCCCCCCAGCCUUGCACUGUGGCCCCUGUGCUUCUGGAGCUCAGUGGUCCCCCAGGUUUCUUGGCCCCAGGCAGCAAGGCCCUGCUCACCCUCCGCAUCACCAGCUUCUCAGUCCCUCAGGAUCUUGAUAUUAGGAUAUCUGUCAACCCCAGCUUUGCAUUCACCUCCAACCUCUCAAGGGCUCAUCUGGGGCUGAAUGAAUCCACCUGGGGGUGCCUGUGGCUGGAAGUCCCAGACUCAGCAGCCCUGGACUCCAUGGUGAUGGUGACUGUGACUGCCUUGGGUCGAGAAGUCAGCCUAAUGCCUCCGACCCAUGCCUUCCUCCGGCUCCUGGUACUGGCUCAGACCCCGCAGGACCAGCUCUCUGCCUCAUCUGGGCCUGUUGUCACCACCACCACUCCUGUUUUUCGUUCCUCCACUCUGGUGACUCAGGGAAGGGCUAGGGGAGGGAAGGCAGGCAGACCCUGGUGGGGUACUGUGGGAGGUGUACUACUUCUGCUAACCCUGGCCUCCUGGUGACAAAACAGCACCUAGAGGAAUGAGUCUCUAGCUUUUCAACCUGCCCCACUGGUGAAACCAUGAGAUAGGCCUCAGGACUUUAUUUCUCCCAGCUGGAUGGGUGUUUUCUUUCUCUGGCCCUUGUCCCUUCUCUUUCUUUUGCACUGUUGGGGACUGAACUCAUGGCCUCAGGCAUGCUAGGCAAAUGCUCUACCACUGAGCCCCAGCCCUUUCUAUUUUUUAUUUUGACAGGGUCUUGCUAAGUUGCCCAGGCUGGCCUCAAACUUGUGAUCCUACUACAUCAGCCUCCUAAGUAGCUAGGAUUACAAGCAUGGGCCACUGCAUCAGGUUCCUUUUCUUAAACAUCAUGUUUUCAGUGGUUAGAGCACUUGCUUAGCAUGGUCAAGGCCCUGGGUUCCAUACCUAGCACUCCAAAAACAAAAAACACCAAGAUUGGGAUAGAAGGCAGUGGAUUUCCUGGCAAUGCACUUUCUAUAACCCUUGUGGGAAUGAAACCAAAAAGAUAUAUAUAUAUAUAUAUAUAUAUAUAUUUUUUUUUUUUUUUUUUUUGAGAAAGUUGAUCUCUAUUUCUCUGUAGCAUCUAGAGCAUUAACUAGUCAUGCUCUCCCAGGCUCAGGUAGAUAGAUAUGUGGGGAGGAGACUAGUUUUGGAAGGAAGUAAGUGCCAGGAAGCAUUAUUUAUAGAGUUGUUUUUAUUUUAAACUCUGGAGCAGCUUCUAUUUUAUUUUUUCUAUUCAAAACUGAAGGAUGGUUUCAAUGAACAUGCCUUUUCCCCUAAGGGAUUUCAAAGAAAGAUCAUUUUUGCAUAUCAUAUAUAGAGAGUGAGGGCAUGAGACAUCAAGAAAAUGAAAUGGAAAUUUUUAGGAGUAGAGGAUAAAAUUAUACCAAGGUAUAUGAACUUUGUUGACCCAAGAACUGCAAUCGAGUUAAGACAGAAUGAGGAGAGAAGGUUCUGACUCAACCUGCUCCUUCACUAGAUUGAGAAGGGUUUACACAAGGGUAGGGCCUCUCUGCCCCUGGAGACAGCUCAGCUGAGCCAUCUCCUCUUGAGACUGGAUGUUUCCUUUCUGCUGCUUUGAUAACUCCUGGAGAAGAAGAGAAAAAUAGACUGAGCAUCUGAAUGUUCCCUACCCCAUGGGGCCAGAGCUUCUGGGGAAAGACCCCCCAAUACCUGUUGCUGCCACAAGUUCUGCUUCCACGGCUCUUCCUUCCAGUUCUGGGUGGUGCAGGAACUGGCCUUGUUCAAUGGAUGUGGGGAGAACUGGUGGUGGGAUUCACUGUGAAUUCCGUUAAAUGAGAUACUGACCCCAACAGUAUCCCUCUCUCUCCCAUUUCCAAAAGUCUAAACUAAAAACAAUAAACUCACCUUUCCUUGAA